AUGUCCAGGCUCACAGCGGCUGAGCGCUGGUCAGUUGUCCUGGUUUGUUCCGGGAAGGAGUUGAGGGAGGAAAAGGUGAAGGGCAAGGAAGCGCCCGCGGCGGCAGAAGAUGCUUACCAAGUCAACAGCACGCCGCCUGAGGAGGAAUCUCCCGGGUAUGCUGCUACUUUGGCGCAAGCUUUGCAGCAGGGGGAAUCCCCAGAACGGGCAGCAGCGCGUCACAAGGACCCGGAGACUAAGAGUCCCCCACCCACAGCUGCAACGCAGCACAGUGGGCAGAGUGAUUCUCCAGGGCCGAAGCUGGUGGACAAUUUCUUCCACUUCGAGUUCUCAGAUGCUGUUGCCAACAGGGAGCAGCAAAGGGCAGAGCAGCCAGACUUUGUCCACCAGGCUCUCUCUUCUUUGGCUGGUCUCUCCAAUGUGCAGGACAUCAACCAGCGCAUGUUCCCACCGAACCUCUUCGACGGGAUGAGCAGCCAGCAGGAUACCAUCUCCACCAUCCACGCAUGGCUGCAACAAGCAUGGUUGGACGCCCAAACAAUGUCGCAUAGAGAUCUGGCGACGCAGGAUUUUGAUCUGCGAUUGUGUGGCCCACUUCCAUGGGUCCGCGCGAUGCAGGCCAUUGCCCUCCACGAUGGCCUUUGCCCUGAGUCGCUCAACUUGGCAUUGGAUGCCAACAUUGGCUUCAUGGAGCACCACGCCACUCGCCUCCUUCAUUCCCCAGACAGCACCCACAGGGGGGUCUCCCCAAAUCCUUCCGUCAUGUUGGGCGCCGCGGUCUCUGCUCGCAAAUCGCACAUCACCGAGCUGACCGACGGGUUUCUCGCAGACGCUGAGCCGGCAGAUGCAGAGGGUAAGCCGGGGUACAUCAAGCAAAGGAAAAUCACAUUUUCGGAUGCAACCCUGGCAGGCAUACGCAAGGCUUUGAAGACCUACGGCAGGGCAAUUGUCUCAAGCGGGGAAGCUUCCACAGUGUAUGAGACACCAUUUUCUGGUCGUCGGCCAGGUGUCCACUAUUUGCCGGAGCAUGUGAUGAACAAACUCACUCAGAGCGAGAUGGACGAUGCUAUUACUGCAGGGGUAGACACCCACUUGGGGGACGCAGACCACCCAUACCUUAUGCUGCACAAGAUCUCCGGGCAGCAGGACCGAAGCACCUUGUUUGACGUCGCCAUAUACACUAUAUACCUAGUAUGCGUCAACCCAAAACCUUUGCCCACAUGCUUGCAGGAAGUCAUCGAUACAAUCCUCAAGCCCGCGACGCACGGCUUUCAGAAGCGCUUCUGGUUCGCCGUAACACCAAAAGGCUUGCAGCAUGACGAUUCUGCGCCGGUGCAAAGUGCAUUGACCUUGGUGGCCAAGCUUCACACGUGGAUGUUUGACCACUUCUUCUACCAUGAAGAGGACAGUGCCCAACACAAGCACGUCUUGGAUGGGUACGCGCUGCACCUUUACGAGUGCUGCAAAAAGGCCUGUGAAGAUUUCAAAGCAGAACACACUGAUUUGGACCAGUACGUCGAGGCCAAAAUUGAUUUCAGACAUUCAGACCUUCUGCGCGCCAGUCAUAUUGCCAUGAGGAAAGUGCAAUUCCUCCACAGCAUAGCGCUGGGAGACUCUUCCAGGCCACCCCGAACCAGCCCAUCCAUUUAUGAAUUUUGCUUCGCUCUCCACAACUGGAGGAGGCAAAUCUGCCUCCACUUUUGCUACCUCCAGUGGAUGCAGCGUGUUGGGGCCAAGCUUCUCAUGGAACUAGCUGCGGGCUCCAAGUCCGCGGAGGCGCAGAAAGCUCACUAUGUUGCAGGAGAAGGCUUGGAGGGGGACGACUACUUCAAAUACAGGAUCCUCACAGACAUGUCCGGCGCCUUCAGCACCAAUGCCAUCAGGUCGAGGGUGGAGAUGCCGAAGAGCCGCCCCAAAAAAGGUGAGGGCGCUGGUUAUGACCCACUGGGCGGGUCAACCGCGAUUGCGGGCCGCGUCAUCCAGACUCAGAGUCGCCGGUAUGCGCGCAGAUCGAUCUUCAGAAUGAAACUUGCUGGCAGCGGCGUGCUACUGCAGCUUCCAGCUCUUUGUUUCCACGGACGCUUGGCGCUGAAAGCAGGCGUAGAGGCUUCCAAAGCCGCCAAGCGUCGAAGCUACGAAGCGUCAAGGAGUCGAGCUGUGGAGGCGUUGAAGCCGCGAAGCCGCGAAGCAAUGCAGCCGCGAAGCGUCAAGGCGUGGAGGCGUGGAGGCGUGAAGGCGUCGAAGCCGCGAAGCCGCGAAAGCGUCGAGGCCUCCAUUGCUCGAGCUGUGCUGAGAGGCGACCUUGAGACCUUUGAGAAAGAGGCUGAGCGGCUCCGCGGGAGCUUAGUGCACAGCCGCGGGAGCUCGGAUGAGGAUACACUCCUUAAGCAGCUGGCAGAGGCGACGCUCCAUGGGCGCCCAGAGGUCUUCCGACGCUGCGAGCAGCAGCUGCGGCAGCGGUUUGAGGCUUCCUCAUCGGUCGCUGUCGAGGACAGUGCCUUGGAAUCCUUCCGGAGGCUUCGAGCCGCUCUUGAGGUUCAAUCAACACUGGAAGAGAUUCAUCCCACUCCUUUCUUCGAGCUCUUGGAUGAGCUGGAGGAGCUUGUCCUCGGUGCACACUCAGCAGAGGCGCCUGCUUCAGUUGAUCGAGAUCCCAGGCUGAGCUUUGUGCCUUUGGUGCCCCUGAUCUCUACAGCCCUGGAGAAUCUCCAGAAACGUGGUCUUGAUGACGACUGUGAUGGUGGGGUGGUUCUACAAAAGGCCGCACAAGCACUCCUUUAUGCCGCAGAUGACCCGUCGGACGUGACCGCCGAGCUGCGCAGCACCUGGCGGCGCAGGGCUCUCGGCUUGUUGAGGCGUGCAAGGGAGCUCAUGCAGAGUGAGCCUGACUUAGCAGAGCUCUGUUCCGUAGCCACCCUUCAGAUGGAUCUCACCGAGGAGCGGCUACGGCGAGCCGAAAUGGCUGGUGGAAAAAGAAGGUGA